UCAGCUUUCAAGUUUCAACGGCAAAAUUCAAUCUUCUUCAGCUAAAUCCGUUUCCAAUGCUUCAAAUAAAUUUUGGGCAUUCCUCACAUUCACCGAAAUGAUUCUUCACCUCAGUCAAAAUCGCUCCUUUCUCUUCGUAAACCCUAAGCUACCACCACCACCAUUUCAACCACAAACCCGGUUACGUUUUUCCUUCAAAGCUCGAACCUUUCGAGUUUUUAACUCCACCCAUAUCGCUACUUUGAAUAACUUCUCUCCUGUUGAGUCUAAACGCGUGCCUCGUCAUGUGAAAAUUGAAGCUCAGCGUGUUCUUAUGGAUUACUUGCAUUCAACACGUGGCUACAGCUUCUUGGAUGCUGAGUAUAUCAGUAAGAAUUGCCCCAACUUUGUUAAAUCUUUGAUUGCAAAUAUUUUUGUUGGUGGAAAUGAUGUUGAUGUUGAUGUUGAUGGUGUUGCUCAUUCAUUGAGGAAGUUUCUAAGGUACAAUCCCAUUAACGAGUUUGAACCAUUCUUUGAGAGCAUAGGGAUUAGCCCCUCUGAGUUGCAAGAUUUUCUACCUAGUGGCAUGUUUUUCUUAGCUGAUAAUUCUGCUUUGGUUGAUAAUUUCCAUGUUCUGUGUAACUAUGGUGUACCUAGGAACAGGAUUGGAGAGAUUUAUAAGGAAGCAAAAGAGGUAUUUGGGUACCCUAAGGGGUUCUUGUUGGAAAAAUUUAGAGAGUAUGAAGAAUUAGGGCUAAGUAAAUCAUUUAUCAUCAAGCUUGGUGUUUGUUGCCCUUCAAUUUUGGUUGGUGAUCAUCAUGGUGAAUUUGUGGUGGUUCUUGAUUGGUUAAAGAGAAUUGGGAUUGAAGAUGAUUGGAUUGUGAGUUACAUGUCUUGUUCAAGGACAUAUAGUUGGAAGAAAAUGCUUGAUGCUAUUCAACUUCUUGAUGAAGUUGGUUAUUCUGAGGAACAAAUGCACAAUUUGUUCAAGGCAAAUCCUAAAUUGUUAUUGGAAGGUUUUGGGAAGAAGCUACGCAUGUUUUUGGUUAGAUCACAUAAGUUAGGUGUUAAGGUGAAUGUUAUGUAUUCCUAUUUUAUGGAGUAUCCUCAUAUACUAUUAAACAAGUGUGCAAAAAAUUUGUUGAGAGUGAUUGAUAUUUUGUGUGCUAUUGGAAUGGAAACAGAUGAAAUUGCACAAAUUUUGUCUAAUUACAUGCAUCUAUUCAGCACACAUUCCUUCAAAGGUCCGAGAACUGUUAUCUCGGAGUUGAAAGUUGAGAAAGCCGAAUUACUCCAAGUCAUAAAGGACGAUCCACUGAAACUUAUAAGUAUGGCUUCAAGUUCGAAAAAGAAGAGCCCCAAACAGAUAUCAGUUUAUGGAUUGUUUGGUAGAAGCAGGUUUGGACUAUAA